AUGAGCAACAGCGGAGCACUACAAUACAGUCAAGAGGUAAUUAACAGGGUUUCGUUCUUGAGAAAAGACACCCAAUUUAUUGAAGAAGCGCUAUCUCACCAGGAGGCCCGGUUUAUUCCCUUUGACAGUUAUUAUCCAUUUAUUGACGAAAAUGGACGCAUAUUGAGAAUGUACAGAGGUGAAUUGGAAGAGACAAUUAGAGAGAGUAUUGCCUCCGAAAACCUAGUAUUCUUGGGACUGCUGCUUGGGGCCAACUCGUCGUUCAGUUACCGUUCCAAAUAUAAAGGUACUCCUAUGUUUGCGCUAGAUGUGACAUCGAAGCCGUCUGCCCUUACAUGUAUAUCAAAACAGGCUGCAUAUAAGAAAGCUGAGUCGUUUCGGGAUUUCAAUCGUUUGUCAGUUGAAGAGUCGAGCAUAGUGUCGCACGCACGAAUGUACCUGCAAUGGCUGCACACACACCGAUUCUGCUCCAUUUGUGGUUCACGCAACAAUGUCGUUUUUGCGGGCUCACAGUUGCAAUGCUCCAACACCGAGUGUGUAUCCAACAAAUCCGUUUCUAACGUUUGCUUUCCACGUACGGACGCAGUUGCAAUCAGUGCAGUCACUAAUCGUGACUUUUCCAAAGUUCUGGUUUGCAAAUCUGGUGCCCCCAGAAACAAGGAAAGGAAGCUAUUUAGCUGCGUGAGCGGGUUUGUAGAACCCAGCGAGACAAUCGAAGUCGCCGUUGCCCGCGAGGUCUGGGAGGAAACGGGCUUGCAUGUAAAACACGUCGAGGUCCUCAUGAGUCAACCAUGGCCCUUCCCCAACAACUUAAUGAUUGGCUGUGUGGCAAUUGCCGAUGAAAAUGAGCCCACAGACCUAACCCACGAUUGUGAGCUGGACGAAGUGCGUUGGGUACCUUCUUCUACGCUAAAGAGACUGCUUAACACCCCAGAAAGUAUUUCUGGCUUUAUUCAAGACGAGCAAACAGGUUUAAACUUGCCCAACAAGAAAACUAUUGCCCACAUGCUCAUGGAAACAGUGGUGAAUAGAUACGACAAUCAUUCCUCCGAGUAG